AUGGCAAGCACCCAUCCUCUCCAUCCCUACUUCCCUCUAAUGAAAGCCAGGUUCGACAACGACAUGUACGCCCACCUCAACAACACCGUCUACGCCAUGCUCUUCGACUCGAUCGUGAAUAGCUGGCUUAUCGCCGAGUGCGGGAUGGAUCCGUUCAACAGGAACAAGUCAACAACAAGCACCGGCGCCAGUGACGAUGACGGCGCUGUCUCGCAGCAGGUCGGGAUCAUGGUCAACUCGUACUGCGACUACUUCGCCUCAGUCUCAUAUCCCGAUGUACUGGAUCUGGGGCUGCGGGUUGCGAGGCUGGGGUCGUCGAGCGUGACGUAUGAGGUUGGGGUGUUCAGGAGGGGGGAGGAGGAUGUGAAGGUUGUUGGGGGGUAUACGCAUGUGUUUUGUGCGCGGGAGACGAUGAGGCCGGCGAAGGGAGGGAUGGAGGAGAGGAUUCGACGGGGGUUGGAGAAGUUGGUUGUUAGGGAGGGGGCGAAGCUGUGA